GCAGACCGCUCCUUCCGGGUUGCGAGCGGAAGUGGGCGAAUUUGAAUCCUACGGGCCGUUGGAUGGAGCUGCUCGCUGUUGGCGUGUGGCAGCGCUGCGCGAGAAGAGAAAAGUGACGCAGCCACCCUGGAACUUAGGCUCCGUGCGCCUCGCUUUCUUCACAGGUUAUGAUCCAUGACACAGAGAACAAGGAGGAAGUCACAAUGCCAUUUAUGACAUAGUCACACAUCGUCAUUUUUGUCAUAGACUUUUUGGUGGAAGCAAGUUGCCAAGCACUAAGUACAUUCACAGUCAAGGCGAGGGAUAUCAGGCUCUCCCUACUGAAGGGAAUAUCAACCUAUAUCACUGACUGACCAAGUAGAGUAAAAUGAAUGAAAAUAAACCUGGUGACUCACAGACUCUUGCUUGUGUUUUCUGUCGAAAAAAUGAUGACUGUCCUAAUAAAUAUGGAGAAAAGAAAACGAAUGAGAAGUGGAAUCUCACUGUACAUUACUAUUGUUUAUUGAUGUCAAGUGGAAUUUGGCAGAGAGGUAAAGAAGAAGAAGGAGUUUAUGGUUUUCUAAUAGAAGACAUCAGGAAGGAAGUAAAUAGAGCUUCUAAACUGAAAUGCUGUGUUUGUAAGAAAAAUGGUGCUUCAAUUGGAUGUGUUGCACCUCGAUGUAAACGAAGUUAUCAUUUCCCAUGUGGACUUCAGAGAGAAUGUAUUUUCCAGUUCACUGGCAAUUUUGCGUCAUUUUGUUGGAAACAUCGACCUGUUCAAAUAAUUGCAUCCAAUAAUUACAGAGAUUCCUUACCAUGCACCAUCUGUUUGGAAUAUAUUGAACCUGUUCCUACUUAUAACAUACUACGAAGUCCUUGUUGUAAGAAUGCUUGGUUUCACAGAGACUGUUUACAGGUUCAAGCAAUAAAUGCAGGAGUAUUUUUCUUCAGGUGUACAAUAUGCAGUAAUAGUGACACCUUUCAGAAAGAGAUGUUAAGAAUGGGAAUUCACAUUCCUGAAAAAGAUGCAUCUUGGGAAUUAGAGGAAAAUGCUUAUCAAGACCUUCUGCAGCAUUAUGAGCGUUGUGAUGUUCGAAGAUGUCGUUGCAAAGAAGGGCGAGAAUAUAAUGCACCUGAUAGCAAAUGGGAAAUAAAACGCUGUCAGUGUUGUGGUUCUAGUGGAACACAUUUAGCCUGUUCCUCACUACGAUCAUGGGAACAAAAUUGGGAGUGUUUGGAAUGUAGAGGUAUUAUCUACAAUUCAGAUUUCCAAAAAGCAAAAAAGCAUGCAUUAUCCAACUCUAAUAAUGUGGCAAUUACUGAUUGUUUGUUGGAAGAGUCACCACCGAAGUUACCAAGACAGUCACCGGGAGCUCAGAGUAAAGACCUACUGAGGCAAGGCAGCAAGUUCAGAAGAGAUAUUUCUACUAUUCUGAUAGAAUUAGGAUUCCAAAUUAAAAAAAAAACUAAAAGAUUAUUUAUCAACAAAGCCGAUAUAUGGAAUAGUGCCUUAGAUGGAUUCAGGAAUCAAAACUUCAAUCCUUUGUACACAAUUGAAGUAGCAUAUGUUAAUGAAAAUGAUGAGUUUGGAAGAGAGCUUCCUGGAUCAAAGCAGGAAUUUCUGAGUCUUUUGAUGCAACAUCUUGAGAACUCAUCAUUGUUUGAAGGGUCCUUAUCAAAGAACUUGUCUCUAAAUUCUCAAGCUCUGAAAGAGAAUCUUUACUAUGAAGCUGGAAAAAUGCUUGCCAUUUCUUUGGUUCAUGGUGGUCCUUCACCUGGUUUCUUUUCUAAAACCUUGUUUAACUGCCUUGUUUAUGGACCAGAAAAUACCCAACCAAUUUUAGAUGAUGUUUCAGACUUUGAUGUAGCACAAAUUAUAGUAAGGAUAAAUACUGCAACAAAUAUGACUGACUUAAAUUCAGUAAUAAAUGAAUGCUACAACUACCUAGACCUUAUUGGAUGUCUAAGACUUAUAACAACAUUAAGUGAUAAGUAUAUGUUGGUAAAAGAUAUACUUGUCUACCAUGUAAUUAAGAGAGUCCAAGCACCCUUUGAAAGUUUUAAGCAGGGUCUGAAAACUCUUGGUGUUUUGGAGAAAAUUCAGACUUACCCAGAAGCAUUUUGUAACAUCCUCUGUCAUAAACCUGAGAAUCUUUCUGCAAAGAUCCUUAGAGAUCUUUUUACAGUACACACAUUACCUGAUGUACAAGCUUUGGGAUUUUGGAACAGUUACUUACAGACCAUUGAGGAUGGUAAAUCUGCAACAACAAUGGAAGACAUUCUUAUUUUCGCAACCGGUUGCAGUUCCAUUCCACCUGCAGGAUUUAAACCCACUCCUUCAAUUGAGUGUCUUCAUAUGGAUUUUCCUGUUGGAAACAAGUGUAAUAACUCUUUAGCUCUUCCAAUCACGAGUACAUAUAAAGAGUUUCAAGAAAAUAUGGACUUUGCCAUAAGAAACACUCUAAGACUUGGAAAGGAAGAAAGUUCUCAUUACAUUGAACAUUAAAAUGUUUCUUUGAACAAAGAGAUGCUUCUUUAAAAGCUGCUAUUAAUAACUUUCUUUUGUUUCAAAAAUCUAUUAAUCAUCACUUUUGAACAAACUUGUCACCUUCUUGACCCAAUAAAAUUUAUGAUGUGAACAUAAAGGAAUGUUUUGACCAUUUAAACAAAACGAAUUUUUUUUAAAAAUUAAGGCAUUCUAGUCAAAAUCAGUGAUGUUUUUCUGUUUUCUUAAUAUACAUGCUUUAUAAACUUCAAUGUAAGUACUUUUAGAAUGGUUGUACAGGGGGCUGGGGGUAUAGCUCAGUUGGUAGAGUGCUUGCCUUCCAUGCACAAGGCCCUGGGUUCAAUUCCCAGCACCAGGAAAAAAAAAAAGAAGUGGUGUGUGGUAGAAUGAUUGUACAAACUUUAUUCAAGUAUAAUAGCAUGGUAUAUAUAAGAAAAAAAAUCUAUUUACUCUUUAUAAAUUUAGGAUUUGAUUUUCCUAGUUUUAUGCAAUGUUCAAAUUUUUCUUUAUUUUAAAGCAUUAAGUAGAAAAGUUAAUUGAUUAAAUCCUGUUUUAUGAAUCAGGCAUAGAUUCUGGGGUAUACAUUAUAUUUAUGCUUUUCAAAGAUGGCACUAAAUUACUAAAAUAUUUUUAGAUUACUUGUUUAUGUUAAAAUGAACCACACUGCAAUUAGAUUAUAUCUAAUAUGAAGUAUUAUAUAAAAAGCAGAAUUGCACAACAUGUUCCAUAGGCUUAAAAACACUUGUGAGGUGGCUACAAUGUAAUUGAAAAUACCUAAGAGAGUAUAUAUUCUUUAAAGUCUUGGUUUUAGUCAUAUAACUUUUCUUUUCUUUUUUUUUUUAAACACUAUGUGUGGUAUUCAGUAUGUCUAAUCUAUAAUCACUUUAGGUAUCUGAAUGACCUCUGUGGAUUAUAAUGUGUUAGAUUUGGAUUUUUGACAUUUAUUAUCAAGGUGGUUGUAUGAUAGAUAAACCAGCACCAUACCAUUAUACAGUUAUCUUCUUUGCCCUUGAAAGAUAUCUUUUUGUAUAAGCAAUGUAUAAAGUAAAAAAGAAUAUAAAUAAAGUAAAAGAUACAAACAGAAAGAAAAUCCCACUCUAAUCUCACCAUAAAAAUUAGUAUUGUUUCUGUGUAUUCUUCUAUAAACUCUUGUCUUCUCUAUUUUUAACAGUAUUGAUACUACUAAAAUUAAUAAUCAUGUAAUAAUAAUUUGAAGAUAUAGUUUCAUACUCAUAUCCUCAUAGUUGUGCUCCUACCAAAAAAAUUUGAAAUCUAAUGUCCUUAAUCUAUUACCAGAUCCCAACAUAUUACCAGAUAUAAAUGAGAAAAAGCCCUGGUUUUCUGCUUAAGUAAGUCAUUGUAUAGUAGGUGAAUCAUUAUGAGAUGUAAAAUGUUUUAACCACAAUUUUCUUGCUACAUAAAGUAUUGGCUAUGAUCAUAAUCUCAUCCUCUCCAAGAAGAGACCCCCAAUACUCAAAUUAUUAAUAUUUUUAAAGAAAAUUAACAGGAUUGACUUAUGGUAAUACAUCUCUUAAUACCAAAGGAAAAUGAAAACAUAAUCCUAACAUAAUUUUCCUUAUUACCUCUAUUUUUCAAAUUAUACUAAUAGACCUAGCAAAUUAUUUAUUUAACAACAUUAAACAAAGCAUUUCUUUGCCAUAUGUUAAAUUGUUAGAUUAUCAGGAGUAAUUAAUGGGUCAGCUAUUUUAAAAGUUUAAUAUCUAAUAUAAACCUCAAGCUCAACAUACAGCUUUUAUUCCAAAUGUGUUGAUAAAUUGGAUGUUCUAUUUCUUAAUGUCUCUAGUUUUUAUAAAAUUGUAAAACCAUUAAAUCACAACAUCCCUCCCCGCCAAAAAAAAAAAAAAACCAAAACUAUUCUCUGGUUUGUAGUUUUAUGAAUUU